AAACUUCUUUGUGUGCGUCUGUCAGCACCGACACAAAAACAUUGAUCUACUUGACUGAGCUGUUUUGACACAGGUAUACAAGGGUGUACACUGACUACCUCCUGCCUUUUUUGUUUGAUGAUAACAAAUGAGGAAAUUUAAUGAAAUGAAAGCCUGAGGCAUGAGGGAAAAAUGUAAAAUUUACAAGAUCAUUUAUCUUGCAGGCAUACAAAAACGAGCGAAUGAAUUGAAUAUUUUUAAAUAUCAACUACUAAUGACAACGUACAUUUUAAAGAAAAGGAAACAAAACACUGAAAAGUUGAACUCCUGUAAAUAAGAGACCUGAUUAUUGAAUUGAACUAUUAUGUAUUAACUAAGUAAAUAUUUAAACAUAAACUAUAUUUUCAACAAUGCAGAACUAUAUCAUAUAUAUUUUUUAACUCACUGUAUUUAUAUUUCUGUGUUCAGGUGACUCGUCAUGUUUACAGUUACUUUACUGUUUACUGUUUUUCAAAGCCUGCGGUUGCGGUUUGUCCGAUGGUCCAUGAAGGCAGCAUAAAGCCUGGCCGCAGACAGUGAAGGGUUAAACUGUGUAAUAGGAUGAAUGGAUAUUGUGGUGAGCAGCAUCUGAUUACACAGAGACGCCAGUAGGCACCGGAGGAGGGAAGACACUUAUUACCUAACAGCCGAAAACUGUUUCUCAUUUUCCUCCGAAGAAGACAAACACACUUCACUCUUUAUUCCUCCUCGUCUCUCGGGAAAUCCAACUUAAGUUUUUUUUUCUUUCUUUUAUCCGAGGGUGGCAGGAAAAACAGUGAGGCGACGGCGAGUUUCCUCCUUCAGGAGCGCUUCAGGUCGGAUCUUCUCAUCGGAUGAAUGGCUGUGGGGGACCGACGCGUGACGGUGGAGUAAACCCGCAGAAUGUCGCAGUUCGUGGAGGCUUGAGAAGAGGACUUUCUGCUGUGUUCCUGAGCGAAGACACACAUCUGAGCGUGAAACUAUCAGCCUGAGAGGAGAGGAGAGGCGGUCAGACUCUGCUGCUUUGGGGUUUGCUUCGUGACUCCAGGUCGGAGCGAAACAGGUUUCAUCAGAUGAUCAUUGACAGAAAUCUGAGAUCUUGGAGUUCCUGACAAGCAGCAGUGCUACAGUACAAUGAAUAGAGGGGCGGCUCAGGCAGGCAGGUCGAAACGUUCCCUCAGCUUCAGGCUUCAAAUCCUGCCAGGCCUGCGGAGACAAAAGGCUGUCUUCUGUUUGGACAUCUGUCCAUAUCUAUUUUCGGCUUUGCUAAGUCUUUUCUGUAGCCGCCAUCAUUCUGUGCUGUAAGGCAGACCCCAAAAUGUCUUCCAAUGGAGACCUCAGUGUCCUGGGCAGCUCUGACAGCUUCUGGGAGCCUGGGAACUACAAAAGUACCGUGAAGAGGAUCGACGAUGGUCACCGGCUGUGUAGUGAGCUGGUUAGCUGCUUCCAGGAGAGGGCAAAGAUAGAAAAGAGCUACGCUGUGCAGCUGAGUGACUGGGCCAAGAGGUGGAGGGGUGUCGUGGAGAAAGGUCCUCAGUACGGUACGCUGGAGAAAGCGUGGCAUGCGUUCAUGCAGGCGGCCGAUCGGCUCAGCGAGCUGCAUAUGGAUCUGCGGGAGCGGCUGGCAGGCGAGGACAGCGAGAAGAUGCGCAGCUGGCAGAAGGACGCCUACCACAAGCAGAUGAUUGGAGGCUUCAGGGAGACCAAGGAUGCGGACGACGGCUUCCGCAAAGCACAGAAACCCUGGGUUCGCAAACUGAAAGAGGUGGAUUCCAGUAAGAAGAGCUACCAUCAGGCCAGGAAGGAGGAGUGGACGGCAGUUACCAGGGAAACGCACGCCAAGGCCGACCCGACAAAGUCACAGGAGGAAGUCCGCAAAUACACAACACGGGUGGAGCGCUGCAACCAGGAGGCCGAGAAAGCGAAGGAGCGCUACACCAAAGCCCUGGAGGAGCUGAACCGCUGUAACCCUCGCUACAUGGAGGACAUGGAGCAGGUGUUCGACCUCACCCAAGAGGCCGAGCGUAAGAGGCUACGCUUCUUUAAGGAAGUCCUGCUGGACAUCCACAAACACCUCGACCUGUCCGUCAAAGAAGGGUUCAAAGUGCUGUACCGGGACCUGGGUCAGACCAUCCAAGCGGCCAAUGACACCGAGGAUCUCAGAUGGUGGAGGAACACCCACGGACCAGGCAUGAGCAUGAACUGGCCACAGCUUGAGGAGUGGUCUCCAGAGGCGAGUCGCUCCAUCAGCAGGAAGGAUCGAGGUGGAAACUCCGAGGACAAUGUGGUCACCCUCACCAACAUCGUCUCCUCAGGUGGAGAGGAUGUCCCGCCGAGUCCCAUCACCCUGAACACCGGCAGGGUCAAAGAUUAUUCAUCAGACUGGUCUGACGACGAAAGUCCUAAGAAGGUGCUGGCGGUGAACGGCGUGGGGGAGGCAGAGGACGAGGAGGAUCAGGUAGAGGGGGUGCAAGUCCGAGCGCUCUAUGAUUACACGGGCCAGGAGGCCGAUGAGCUCAGCUUUAAAGCAGGCGAGGAGCUGCUGAAGCUGGGAGAGGAGGACGAGCAGGGCUGGUGUAAAGGACAGCUGAGCAGCGGCCAGGUCGGCCUCUACCCCGCCAACUACGUCCAGUUGGUUGCUUCCUGAUGGCCCGCCCCCUCUGAUCACCCACCCAGUGGUACAUUCACACUCAAGAUGCCAGAACCAAUCAAAAGCUAUUAGUGCUGACAUGUAGACACGCCCAGUGUGAAACCAGACAGUUUUUGGUUACUGACUGUAAAGCUCAUCACGAGUUUGUCUUUUCUUCUGCGUUUUUGAAAACCAGCCAGUGGAGGAGUCCACUUUUUGUUUAAUGCUGUUUAUUCAGCCUGAGGUCAACGACAUUGUUGUUUGAAAGAAGUCUCUGGAGGCCUGCCAACAUGAAUGGACUGUGGAGGAACAUGGACACAAGAGCUGGGACGUCACACAUCUUUUUCUAUCUCUGGAUUUUGUUUAUCUGCUUACUAUGAUCAUUUUCAGUCAUUAGAGUUGGACAAUCCACAUUUAAUCAAAGAAGGAAAAGCCUGGUCAGAGCUGAGUUGGGGCACGAAGCAAAGAGCAACCACCACAGCUGAUUUUGAAUGGCUGACACAUCUGUCAAUCAAUCAAAGGUUAGAUUAGCUUGGCUUAAAGUUUGGAAGCUUUACAGACUUUCUUGUGCCCUCAUCUUUUAUAAGGCCAUAAAUAAUAUUGUAUUCUGCUUACAUAUAAAGUAGGUGCAUUAUAGAGUUGGGAUGAGGGAGGACUUAUUUCAGGCCAACCAGUUCCAAUUCAUAUUUCAUUUGAGGAAUUGCAGCUGGAGGCUCCUCUUCAUCACCCUCCCCACUCAGCUGUGAUGGUUGCUGGAAAAAAAAACCCACUGAAAGACUGUCAGUGCCUUAAUCAAUGAGGCCAGAAAUGUGACAGCGCCGCCCUGCUGUCUGACCGAGGAUGUGCAGCCGCCAUCUGGGUGAUGAUCUGUUGAUGACGUCCAGUCUGACCCCAGUGAAAACCAGUGGAUCUCCUGUCACCUGGACAUUAAUUAAUGUUUAAACGUUGAUCAUGCAGGCAGCACUUGAUUGGCUGUAAACCUUUGAUGCCCCUCCCCCUCUUCAUUUAGCUAUACAUCAUUAAGCUUUGGUUAUUUUGUAGAUUUUUAGGUGUGACACUGAAAUCACUUUCUGUACUUAUUUGUUUUUUUUUUUUUAAUAUGAUAGCUGUAUGUUUAUAUUAAGAUUUUGAUUAUGGACGGUUAAACUGUUCCUUUGACCUUUGAUUUUAUUUUUAAGAAUAGCAAUUUUACAGUCAACAUAUGUUUACUUUCUAAUUUAUUUUCCUCUUUUAAUUCAGCGAUCAUUCUUCAUUUUAGACUGGCAGAGGCAGGGAGAGUAAAGUUGACUGAUAGAUGUAACCUUUGGAAGGUGGUUUGUUUUGCUGUGCUGGGAUCAGGAAGCACACGCACAUCAAACAUCUCAAAUAAGUGGCAAUGUUUUGUUCCUUUUUUUUUUUGUUUUUUUUUUUGUUUUUAUGUUUGAGUUUGUGGUUUGUGUGUGAGGGAAGCUCCUCUGUCCUGCUGAUCUGAGCAUCGCUACAGCUAACCCAUGAAGACGUCCAAUUAAUAAGAGCGAUAAUAGAGAAAUUAACGCUACUGUGCUCUUCCUUUUGAUUCUUUCCUUUCCUUUACUAAACUGUAACAUAAAGUGGGAGGCGACAAUAAAGAGCUUUAUACAACAGA